ACUGCUAAAUAUUCGACCGAGCAUUUAGUGUGUGGAUGCGUUACGGGUGUUAGGAUUAUAUAAUUUGCUCACCUUGAACUCGUUCUCUCCCAAAUUAUUAUAUAAUCUUUCCUUCCUCCAUUAAUUACAUAUUAAUUAAAUAUUUUAAAAUGCUUCUCCCCCUGGUCCUUAAAACUCGCCCUACGUCGUCCUUAAUAUUUUCCUCUCUUCAGAGAAGCCUGUCAACCACGAGUGUACGACAUGGUGCAAAAUUCUAUAAUUCAGCCGAGGAAGCUGUAAAGGACAUUCCAGACGGAUCCAAAUUGCUCGUAGGAGGAUUUGGACUAUGUGGGAUUCCUGAAUAUUUGAUAUCCGCCCUGUUGAAGUCGCAAGUGAAAAACUUGACCGUGGUGAGCAACAAUGCCGGUGUGGACAAUUUCGGUCUGGGUCUCCUCCUUAAACAGAAACAGAUCAAGAGAAUGAUUGCGAGCUAUGUGGGCGAAAAUGCAGAGUUCGAGAGACAAUUUCUCAGCGGAGAGUUAGAAGUGGAAUUGACUCCUCAAGGAACUUUGGCGGAGCGGAUUCGUGCAGGAGGAGCAGGAAUACCAGCAUUUUUUACCCCAACUGCAUUCGGAACGUUGAUCCAUGAAGGAGGAGCUCCCAUCAAAUAUACAAAAGAUGGCAAGAUUGAAAUUUUCUCGGACCAACGUGAAGCUCGAGAGUACGAUGGGCGUGGCUAUAUUUUGGAAGAAGCGAUCAAAGGAGAUUUCAGUUUAGUUAAAGCGUGGAAAGCGGAUAAACAAGGAAAUUUGAUUUUUAGAAAAACCGCUCGAAAUUUCAAUCCACCAAUUUGUAAAGCCUCCCAGAUUACGAUUGCCGAAGUUGAAGAAAUCGUAGAAGUGGACUCCAUCCCCCCAGAAGAUAUCCACGUCCCCUCCGUCUAUGUCCAACGCGUCGUUUUAGGAAAAGACUAUCAAAAACGUAUUGAGAAACGUACAACGAGAAAGCGUGAUCCUGCACCAGUCUCAGCUUCCGCUUCAACGGCAAACCCAGCUAAAAAGGUUCGCGAACAAAUUGCACGUCGUGCCGCGUUGGAAUUUAAGGAUGGAAUGUAUGCCAAUUUGGGUAUUGGGAUGCCAAUGUUAUCCUCUAAUUUUAUCCCGGAGGGGAUCACGGUUCAUCUUCAAUCAGAAAAUGGAGUUUUGGGCUUGGGACCGUUUCCAUAUGAGGGAGAGGAGGAUCCAGAUUUGAUCAAUGCUGGGAAAGAAACCGUUACCGUAUUGCCAGGAGCAAGCUAUUUCGGAUCAGAAGAAAGUUUUGCAAUGAUAAGAGGUGGUCACAUCGACUUGACGAUCCUUGGGGCGAUGCAAGUCUCACAAUAUGGUGAUUUAGCAAAUUGGAUGAUUCCUGGCAAGUUAGUCAAGGGGAUGGGUGGCGCUAUGGACUUGGUGAGUGCGGGUGGAAAAACCAAAGUGAUCGUUACAAUGGAACAUACAGCCAAAGGGGGAGUUCACAAAAUUUUGCCCAAAUGCAAUUUACCAUUAACGGGAAAGGGAUGUGUCGACAUGAUCAUUACAGAGAAGUGCGUGUUCACCGUGGACGCAGAGAAAGGUUUGACAUUAACUGAGCUAGCGGAGGGUGUAACUCUCCAAGAAAUUGUGGAUGGAACGGGAUGUGAGUUCGCCGUUGUGGAUGAAUUGAAACCAAUGAGACAAAGUCAAGCGGGUUAAAAAGUUAAUUAAGUGACCAGAAAUUUAUUUUUUUCAAUAGUAAAAUAGAAUAAAACAAAUCUUCAAGUUGUUCAAAACGUAA